ACAAGAAAUCUCCCCUCUACCCGUAAACCAUCAAGAUGCAGAAGAGCUCAUCACUGCUGACUGUUUAGAAUUGAAACCAAGGGGCUGGGGCAUGUACAAGUCCUUAGCCUUUGCUACUUCAUGCCAGUUUCCCCACCCGUUCAGCACAUCUGGUGGAGAUGCUGGCAACCAGCGGAGGGAGUCGUCUGCGGAAGCAGACUUUACAGUGAACAGAAGUGAUACCAUCCAUGUGAAGGAAGAACCUCAAGAUCACAGCUUUCCUGUGUCACCAGAAAACCACACAGAUUACGACGGAGGUGCCAUUGAAACCACGGAAGUACAUAUCACAGAAUGCUUUCCAGAAUCAGCAAUUGCUGAAGUGGAUUCCACUUUCAUCAAGAAAGAACCGCAAGAAAUUUCUCCAGUAAACAAUGGAAACGACAAGGAGCUUAUUACUGCGGAUUUCUCAGGUGAGAUAUUUAUGGGUCAUAAUCCUUUGCAUCCGUUCGACUAGCAGCCAACGUUUCUCCAUAGUGACACUGCAUGAACAAAUCAGCAUAUUUCUAAAAUGUGGUAGUGUGGCACCUAAGCUUUGGCCAUACACUGGAACCUCGAUAUAACAAAACUCACGGGGACUGCAAUUUAUUUCGUUGUAUCGAAUUGAAGGUCACGAAUCCAUACCUGCCAACUCUCCCGAUUCAUCCGGGAGACUCCCGCAUUCGGACCGGUUUGUACGAUUGUACGGCCGAGAAGCAAAUCUCCCGGAAAAUGCAGUUUCCCUCUCUAUAUCUGAAACGCCUGCUUUUUCCCUGGGCACACAGACAAAAACGUCAAUCUAAUACCAGCCCAAUUGCCAUCGGCAUGCCAGAGCCUCUGUGUUACGGAGUUCAGGGGUUCUGGUCAUGGUUCUAGUUCUAGCUCUUCUAGUUUCCGGGCAUUUCCUCCGUGCUUUCGGGCGACAAAGAUGCCUUCGCACUAGCUGUUUCGACAUUGCGUACCUCGCAAAGAGAACUUGAACCUCGAAAAGCGAACAGAGACAUAGCUUUGUGUCCUCACGUUCUUUUGAGAAAGUGUCAUAGCCUUGUCACAGCUUGACACCCAGAUAGUUUCUUGGAGAGGCCAAAGUCUGUUGCUGCAAAACUUGUGCCCGACGAGCCUGCUGGGAUGAAGUGUGCUCCUGUUACAUAUGCAAAUAAAAGCCACCCAACAUCGGCUGUCUCCUACCCCCCCUCCCCACGCUUUUGAAAUCUGGAUGUUCCCAAGUUGGCAGGUAUGCGAAUCGCGAUCUUCGCGAGGGCGCGCGCUGUACAUGAGCGUCGAUAACUCCCGCUGCGUACGAUACGGAAAAGUUUUUCUUGAAAUAUGAUAACAACUACAAAUACAGCGCCAAACAGCACUUACAGUAUUUUCUUCUUGCGUGAAAUAGCCAGUUAUUCGCGUCUGCGUCAUGCCUAGAAGAUGCGCUGUCACGCAUUGUUUGUAUGCCACCAAAGCCUCCGCAGCGUUCUCCAUAUUGUGUCGCGAUCCCGCACACUACAGUCACUACCGCGCACCUUCAAAGCACGUCUGUGGCAGUGCGUCUUCCGUAAGGCUCUUCGUUGCUGCGACAUGUUUGUCCCCGUCAAGAAAAUCUGGCUGAUUCUGUCACGUAGGCCACCACGCGAACGAAAGCGUUUCCCACACACGCGCGUUGGUGCCUUGUGUCUCGUGCUCUUUUCGUCCUGUACUUGGCUGCAACCCGACAGUUCAAAAUCAGCACGAAAAGGAGAAACCUUCCAAUGAGUCAGACUUCUUUUUGUAGGCACCAGAUUCCUCCCGACCCUAAUCGCGCGUGCCAUCUUUCGCUGCGGGAACAGGACGCAGCUUGCGCCCUUUGUUUUCGUGACCCUGAAAUCGGCUUUGUGGUCAUAAACCUUUCUCGUGUUUUGUCUGUAUCGAGGCGGUGGCUAAAAAAUAUUUUGUUGUAGCGGGAAAUAAAAUACAUUGAUCUCUA